CGUAGUUUGGUUGCGUCUUGGCGUGUUUAAUGUUGCCAAUAACGAGAGAUUUUUUUUAGGGGGAGGGGGCACGCGAGUACAUAUCGUGCUGCAAUUAGUUCAUUGAAAACUCAGUCGCUCGCGGAGCGGUCAGGCAGAGACUCCUCUCGGCUUUUUUCCCUCCUGCCUAAGGAUCUCCUACGGAAAGCUGCAACAAUGCCCAAAAGAAAGGCUGCAGGUGAUGCAAGCCAGGAGCCAAAGAGAAGAUCAGCCCGACUGUCUGCUAUGCCUGUGCCCUUUACACCGGAGUUGAAACCUAAAAGAGCAUCAACUUCAAGGAAAACGAAGACCACAAAUGUCAUGGAAGAAAACAAAGAUGCAGUUAUCAUAACAGUUCCUGAAACCAAGCCAGAAGAUGUUAAAGAAGAAUGCAACAUGGAAAAUGCUGAAAAUGGAGAAUCCAAAAUUAUUCAGGCAUCUAUUCCUAAAAUGGAAGUUGAAGAAGUAAAAGCACAGAUAAAUGAAGACACUGAAGAAUAUGGAGUAGAAAAGAAAGAACCCGUGGCAGCAGAAGGCAAAGAUAAUGAGCUAGAAGCAAACAUUCAAGAUGUGGAGAAAGAUGAAGAUGGGAAAGAACAGGAAGAUACAGGUGAGGCAGUGGAAGACAGAAAGAAGGAAGAAGAAGGCCUAAAAGAGAAACCAGAUGCAGCUGAAAGCGGAGAUGCAAAGGAGGCCAAAGAUGAUGAAGAGAAAGGAGACAAUGAAAAAGAAGGAGAAGAUGUCAAAGAAGGUGAUGGGAAGAAGGAAGAAGGGAAAGAUAACAAGGAGUGUGAAGCUGAAACAGAGGAAGAAGUAAAAGAACAGAAAGAGGAAACAGAGGAGGAUGAUGGGAAAUGCAAAGAAGAGGAAAACAAGGAAGAUGGAAAGGAAGAUCUGCAUGAGGAAGCUGGAAAGGAAGGUCAACAUGAAGAAGAUGGAAAGGCAGAUAUGCAUGAGGAAGCUGGAAAGGAAGAUCUGCACGAGGAAGCUGGAAAGGCAGAUCUGCAUGAGGAAGCUGGAAAGGAAGAUCUGCACGAGGAAGCUGGAAAGGAAGAUCUGCACGAGAAAGCUGGAAAGGAAGAUCUGCAUGAGGAAGCUGGAAAGGAAGAUCUGCAUGAGGAAGCUGGAAAGGAAGAUCUGCAUGAGGAAGCUGGAAAGGAAGAUCUACAUGAGGAAGAGGGAAAGGAAGAUCUGUAUGAAGAAGAUGGAAAGGAGAAGGAUGAUGGAAAAGAGGAGGAUAGAAAGGAAGAAGAAGAGCAAGAGGUUGCUGCAGGUGAAGGGAAUGAUGAAAACAAGGUGGAGGCAGAAGAAGAAGCUGAAAACAAAGACUUCAAACAAGAUGGAGAGAAAGAGGAGCCUCUGAGUAUUGUCUAAAACUGCCCUCUGUGAGAUCAUAAUUUGGUAACACGUACCUUCCUGUUGUAAUGUUAAUAGAGAUAAAUAUUUUUAUCAGAUAUUUUAUAAACAGUGCUUUUCUUUAGCAUCAUUCAAUCUUGGAUCAUCAUCAUCAUCAUCAUACAGGUUAUUAGUUGCAAAAAUGCCUAACAUGACACCUUUCUACAUUUUGUGAUUAUAGUAGUGCAAAAUAUAAAAUGUAUACUUGCAACUUCGUGAAUUUCAUUGUGUGUAAGUUAUGUAUUAAAUUUUUGAGUUUCAAUUUUAUUCUUAUACAUGGUAAUUUUGCAGAGUAGGAGAAUUCCAAAAGAAAGAGUUUAGCACAACUUUGCUGUAGUUCUCUAGGUUGCUUUUAUAAAGAAGGUCAACUAUUUUCAGGUAAUGCUAAGAGUUAGAAUUGCCAUUACCAAAUACAACUGUAUUAGUAGCUUGGAAAGAAUAUAAAAUUUUAAUUUCAUUUUUGAAGAAAUUUGAAUGUUUAUUUCAGGAGGGCAGUUUUGAUUAUAUGUGUAUGCACAAAGUUUUGCUGGAUUUAUCAUAAUAAAAGAGUUCCA